CCUCCUCCUCCUAGUACUGUCUGCCACCUUCCACGUCAUUACCUCUUUCACUUCACGCCUGCAGAUACGCGGCACGACCAUGUCACCAUUGUCAACGGAAGUAGGCGACGCUGCCCUGCUUUUCGCGUCUUCCCUGCAAGACCCGGCGCGACCAAAACAUUGUGCCAGGGUUCUUUGCGGAUGUCUGCAUCUGCUAGACGGAAUGGACAGGGAUGAUCCCUACACACUUAACGAACAAUACUCCAUACCCGAGAACGAAGAUUACCAGGCUAUCCGCAGGUUAUAUCCUGAAUGUCUCGACGCGUCUGUCGCGUUCCUGGCCCUGCCUCGCUCGGACAAGAACAACGAGGAACUCGACGCCUUCCUCCGUACGUGCUCAUGUUCCCCUGCGCUGGAUGAGAACACGGCAGAGUUGUUGCAAUGGUUACACACCUUCGAGGCCGCUCGCCAAUUCACCCUCCGGGACUUCGCCGAAGCGCUCAUCCGCCACCUCAGCGGCGUGCUUUACAACGCAGUCCUAACCCAGACAGUCGGAGGCACGGUCGCUAUGGGUGGCCUCACGAAGCAUCGCAGAAAGCAUCUCGAUAGCCCUCUUUGGCCUACGGACGCCAGCAGACUUCUUCCCCGCGGUGUCGAGGGGUCGAUGGAAGGGUAUGCCGCGUCCUUCCGUUUGUGUCGUGACGACAGACUUCAGGAUACCCUGGCGCUCCACCCCUUCCCCGUCGACACGCCAGCCUACUCAUCCAACUGCGCACCGGACACGCCCCGCUGAACCACCACCUACACCGUAUACGCCGAUCAGACACCGACAGGUGCCCCGCCUGCGACGAACGCCGGGAGACGGUCCGACACUACCUUCUC